UGCCUUAUGCGAGAGAGAGAAAAGAGAGAGGGGGAGAUCCGCGGCGACGGGCGUCAUACAUGUAUAAAUGGAGAGGCGUGCUGAUGCCGCCGCCUCUUCAGAAUGAGAGCGCUCUUUCGGACAGCACUGCUCUCCGUACUCUUCAAGACCCACGGGCAUAAGUUCCCUGGACUUCCUUCUGCCCAUCACCGGAGGUUCUCUCUGUUCCUCGCUGGGAAGCUCAGGGAAGCCCCCCGAGGACGAGCGUUCUUCUGCUGCAGCGCGACCAUGGGCGACGGCGGCGCCUCCAUGGAGAGGCAGUUCGAGGACUUCCGGGCUCUUCUGGACGACUCUGGAAGCGUCCGUGAGCGAAUCCGUUCGGUGGUGUCGGAGGUCGAGUUGGUGGCGAGGGUCAUGCAAUCCAACCUGCUUCUCGUUCACCAUGCCCUAGUUUCUCCCGAGGUGUUGGAGAAGGCUAAGGUUCAGAUCUCAACUCUUCAGGCGCUUUUUAAGCAGCUCUCUGAUAUCAUCGGCGAACGGCCGGGGCAGUACUACAGGUAUCAUGGAGAUUGGAGAGGAGAAACGCAGUCGGUAGUUUCAUCACUUGCUUUUCUUCAUUGGCUGGAAACGGAGAAUCUACUGACACAUGCAGAAGCCGAGGAGAAGCUGGGAUUGGACCCGUCCCAAUUUUGUCUUGAUAUUGAAGACUAUCUCAUUGGAUUAUGUUUCAUGUCAAAUGAACUCCCCAGAUUUGUGGUGAAUCAAGUGACAGCAGGCAAUUAUGAUUGCCCGAGGAAAGUGCUCAAGUUCCUGACUGACCUUCAUGCUGCAUUUAGGCUGCUCAAUCUUCGGAAUGACUUCCUGCGCAAGAAGUUCGAUAGCCUGAAAUACGACUUGAGGAGAGUUGAAGAAGUUUAUUAUGAUGUCAAAAUUCGAGGCUUGGGUGGUGAUUCGGUAGACAACUGCACUGAAGGGGAUAAGAGUUAAGCUUGUAAAUUCAAGAUCUUCGAAGCUUGAAAUUUUGAGAUGAAGCAUUUGCUUUGCUUUCACCUGCAACACUGGUUGAGAAAUUCAUCGUUGGAGAGCUGAAGCUUUCAGUUGGUGCAUUAACGUGCCCCCACCUACCACAUUUGACUCCUAGCUUCUGCAGCUUCAGGGUUGCUCUUUAAAGAUUUUCUGUUUACAUGUUUUUCAAGUGCUCCGAUAUCGAAAUGUGCGUUCAAUUUAAAAUACUGAUUUUUGGUAUAAAAUGUGCGUUCAAUUUAAAAUACUGAUUUUUGGUAUAACAA